GCCCUGAUACUCUCUGUACUCCGUAUACAUGUGAGAAUGUGCUAAGAUUGAGCCGGCCGUUUCCCGAAAUAGUACUGAAGCCGAUCCAAAAUGGUUAGUGCGUACCCGAAAAAGGCAUGGAACGAAGUUCUUUCAACUCGCCUCCAUCUUGACCCCUUCACUAUGUACUCGUCUUUUCUGCCGUGGACUGAAGUCGUGAACUCGUUGCAUUAACCGGGCAGACGGAUUUAGACCAUCGGAAAAUUCUCAGCCUACUGUACGUACUGACUUGGGCAAGAGACCAACCAAAAGGCAGAAAAAAAAAAGAGGCCGCAUAUGCUCUAGGGCUUCUAAACAUGGACCACAUUUUCAUCAAUGUCAAAGAACCGGGCGACGCCCUGCAGCUCACUAAGAAGUCCACUGUUCGAUCACAUGUCGCUCGCCGUCAAUGGCAGGCUCAUACUGCAGCGAACAAGGACAGGAAAAGGAAGAGGGAGGAGUACCUCCCAUUACGAAUAGAGCUGGAUUGCUCGAGGCUGAUGAACAAUGGACAACUACCACAACCGUCGGCAGUACCGGAGGGUGAAGAGAAGAACCAUACAGCCCAAGCCCAAUAUACAGGCCAGUCUACUACAACAGCUUCCUUCAUGUUACCUUCUAUACCGAUGAUGAUAGGUGGUCUACGUGUCGAUCCAUUCCGAUCAUAUCCCAUCGAGUUCAAGCCGUUCCUCCCAUGGCUUGUGGAUCACUAUCUAGUAAGCAUGGCCGUCGCUAUCCCCGAGCUAGACCAGCCAGGAAACAGUUGCUUACUGCGCACCCGAUGGUUUCCCCUCGUGAUGACCGAACCGAGCCUCUUCCUGGUAAUUAUGUUGAUCGCAGCAUCACACUAUGCAUCUGUGCAACUAAACACCACUGAGCUCAAAUUAAACCUACUCAGUAUGCGUGGUGAAGCCGUACAGGCCAUCAACCAGUCCCUCGCCAAACAACACGGGACGAUAAACGACGCCUUAGUCGGUGCAAUAGCCAAAAUGGCCAGUUAUGAGGCCAUGUUUGGUAAUGUGGACACGUAUGGUGUGCACAUGCAGGGUCUGUAUCAGAUUGUAAAUCUUCGAGGGGGGCUUGAUGGGCUUGGGCUGGGCGGGUUAUUGCGGAGGAUUGUGGUUUGGAUUGAUCGGAAUGGUGCGUUUCUGAACGGUUCGAUGUUGUAUUUUCCAGGGGCGACUUUUGUCGACGGGCAACCGCUGCCAGAUCCUAAUCCGGGGAAUUUUCUUGGUGCUUCAUGACCGUGACUCGGCGGAGGGGGGAGAUUUGAGGGACAAGGGAGGAAAGCGAGGGUCGAGAGGCGUUAACGUUUGGUUCAGUCUAUUGCAACUUCAGUGCUAGCAUGAGGAUUUCGGACUUUAGCGGAUCAUAAUUUGAGCAUCAGUCAUGUGAAAUAUUCCUGGGGAAUAGAAACUCUGGGCAUGAAAACGGGGUCCUUUUCGUAUAUAUAUGGAGUGUGGGAUGGGUCCGGAGUACAAGGAUCACAUUGAGCAUUGCAUCAACUCCUCGGUAUGCACCAUUAAUGCGACAUACCCUUUCGAGUUAACACUU